AUGGAUAAAUUCCUAGACAUCUCUUUUCAGUUCUUACAAAACAAUCUAAAAUUCAAAGACUAUGAAAAUAAAGUGAAUGAACAACUGAUUCCAUGAAGCUAUACAAUUAUUCUGCUUACUCCCCCCUCCGUGAGCGAACAAAACCAUUAGAAAAAUCCCUAUUCUUUGCCCAAAAAAUCACUCGAACAAAUAUUAUUUUAAUAGAAAAAUUUUUUAUGGGGAAAAAAUUUGGAUAUAUAAAUGAUAAUUAGUAUCAUGAAAUUUCGAGCUAAUUCUAAACAAUUGUGUUUUAAAACAUAAAAGUUUACAAAUUAAUCAAUAUUUGCAUCCCAAUUUUUGAGAAAUGGGAUUUUUUUAAAUUCUUAAAAAUUUUUCUUUAAAAUUUUAUAUACAAAUUUUAAAAAAAACAAUUAACCCCCUCUGUGAGCGAACAAGAUUUUUUUUUGUUUGCUCGGGAGGAGUUAAUAUUCCAAUUUUCUUUACACUUGCUCUUAAAGAAGAUAUUGAUUUAUCAGCUGCAAUUUAUUACACAACUUCCGCGAUAUUUGUGUAUUUGCUACGCAAUUAUUCUUCAAAGUCAUGGAUUUUAACUCAGAUUCCCUAUUUAACUGCCAGCUUUUGACUUCAAUACAAACCGAAUAUAUUAAGCAGCUGUCUCUAUUUCGUCCCAUGCUUGGUUCUUGGUAAUUUUAAUUUAGUUUUUUUAUCAGCUCGUGAACCAUAUAAGUGGAUCGUCACUUUUCUUUUGAAAUUAUUGAUAUUAUUACUGUGCUUUGAGUUUGACGUUAUAGGGAUCGUCAUCGCUUGCGUCACUUUUUUUUUCUUUGCAUUACAUAUAGAAAAUGCAUUAAGAGAAUUUUACUACAAGAUUGCAGACGAUGACAAAUUCCAGGAAGAUUUAAAAGGACUCCUAGAAAACUUCCCUUGCGGAAUUGUUUUUCUUGGGAAAAAUUGGAAAGUUUUGGAUCACAAUAAACAAGCGUCAGUAAUUUUAUCAAGUAAGGAUAUUAAGGGAAAGCCAUUCGAGAAAUUAUUUGACGAAGACAACCAGUAUAAAAUUAAGGCUUUUCUGCAAAAAACAUACAAAAAAGACUUGACGCUUGAAGAAAUUUCGAUUAUAAAUGAAAAUGAUGUAGAGGGUCUGCAAUUGUUUUCCUCAUUACUGAGGUGAAAUAACGAUGAAUGCAUUGUUAUUUGUAUUUCUGAUAUUUCAGAGUUUUUCAAACAAAGGAAACUUUUGACUUCGCUGUAUAAAGAUUUUGGAUCGAAGCUGGAUGUACUGAAUUUCGAGCUCAGAAAAUUUUGCUGCCAGUCUCAAUCCCCUUGCAAAGAACUUAUGGCGUUCUCUAAAGACGUGCUAUACCGAUUUCAGUCGGUUUUUGUGCUGCAGUCUCAAUUCUAUGGGAAAUUCGAAUUUUCAAGUGAAAAUUUUUCUCCAGAAAAAGAAGUAAAAGGCAUUAUUGAUGUAAUUACAAUAUAGGAGCUAUCUUUAAGGACAGACAAAAUCAAUUCAUUCGUCGAGCUCUCAAAAUCUCCAAGUCUGCCUCCCUAUGUCCUUGGGGAUUCCGAAAAGCACUCUAUGCUUAUCCGCUGCCUAAUAGAGUUUGCUUUAAACCAUUGUGAGCCUGGAGCUAUCAAUUUAUCUUUAUCAGUAACUGUACCCUUUACUCAGGACUCAAACGCGAGAUGCAUAUCUCUAUGCUAUAAAAUCAGUUUUAUAACAAAAUCAUUAUCAAGCCUAGAUCUAGACAAAAUAUUCCGAGCCAGGAGCGGGAAGCUAAAACGACGGUCAUUCAACCGCAUCAUAAAAGACAUAACAAGAUUUGGCGUUUCUCUGGCAGGAUUUGACACUCUUUUAGUGAUCAUGAGAGGCUACGUUUCCGAAGCAACCAUUACAAAAGAGACUGAAAAAAAAGCUGACAUUAGCGUUGUGUAAGCUUUACUUAGAAUUCCAUUUAAACACACACAAGGAAGAACAAGAGGAGAUUCAGCACAUACUUAUUUACUUUAA